AUGGCCGAAAAGGGGAUUAGCUUGGAGGAAAUAAAGAACGAGAAAGUCGACCUUGAGCGCAUACCGAUUGAUGAAGUAUUUGAACAACUCAAAUGUUCAAGGGAAGGUUUGUCAAGCGAGGAAGGACAGAAGAGGCUCCAAAUCUUUGGUCCAAAUAAACUGGAAGAAAAAAAGGAAAGCAAAAUUCUGAAAUUUUUGGGUUUUAUGUGGAAUCCUCUCUCAUGGGUCAUGGAGAUUGCUGCUAUCAUGGCCAUUGUUUUGGCUAAUGGAGGGGGAAAGCCCCCAGACUGGCAGGAUUUUGUUGGUAUUGUGGUAUUGCUUAUUAUCAAUUCCACCAUAAGCUUCAUAGAGGAAAAUAGUGCAGGCAAUGCCGCUGCCGCCCUUAUGGCGGGUCUUGCUCCCAAAGCUAAGGUAUUGAGAGAUGGAGCAUGGAGUGAGCAAGAUGCUUCAAUUUUAGUCCCUGGAGAUGUGAUCAGCAUCAAGUUGGGAGACAUUAUCCCGGCAGAUGCCCGCCUAUUGGAGGGAGACGCACUCAAGAUUGAUCAGGCUGCACUGACCGGCGAGUCCUUGCCAGUGAAUAAGGGUCCUGGUGAUGAAAUCUUCUCAGGGUCUACUUGCAAGCAGGGUGAAAUUGAGGCGGUUGUGAUUGCCACUGGUGUCCAUACUUUCUUUGGUAAAGCUGCUCAUCUCGUUGACAGCACCAAUCAAGAAGGGCACUUCCAAAAGGUAAAUAAACUGUCAAGAAUCAAUCUAUUUUAUUCAGGAGAGGAAAAAUGCAGGGUGUUGACAUCCAUUGGAAACUUCUGCAUAUGCUCCAUCGCAAUAGGGAUGCUUAUAGAGAUAGUGGUGAUGUACCCAAUUCAACACCGACCAUACAGGAGUGGAAUUGAUAAUCUUUUGGUGCUUCUCAUUGGAGGAAUUCCAAUUGCCAUGCCAACAGUAUUAUCUGUGACAAUGGCCAUUGGCUCUCACCGCCUUUCGCAACAAGGCGCUAUCACCAAGAGAAUGACGGCCAUUGAAGAAAUGGCCGGAAUGGAUGUACUUUGCAGUGACAAGACUGGGACUCUCACUCUCAACAAGCUUACAGUAGACAAGAGCAUGAUCGAGGUAUUCGUUAAGGACAUAGACAAGGAUACCAUGAUUUUAUACGCGGCAAGGGCCUCCAGGGUGGAAAAUCAGGAUGCUAUCGAUACUUGUGUUGUUGGAAUGUUGGGAGACGCCAAGGAGGCUAGAGCUGGUAUCACUGAGGUGCAUUUCUUGCCCUUUAAUCCAGUGGAAAAGCGUACAGCCAUAACAUACAUUGACACAGAAGGAGAAUGGCACAGAAUCAGCAAAGGUGCACCAGAGCAGAUCAUUGAUCUCUGUAAUCUUCGUGAAGAUGUAAGCAAAAAAGCUCAUGCUAUCAUAGGUAAGUUUGCUGAUCGUGGACUUCGAUCGCUUGCAGUUGCUAGACAGGCUGUUCCAGAGAAAACCAAGGAGAGCCCGGGUGCGCCCUGGCAAUUUUUGGGUCUUUUGCCUCUCUUUGAUCCUCCAAGGCAUGACAGUGCAGAGACCAUCCGUCAUGCCCUCGAUCUUGGUGUCAAUGUCAAGAUGAUCACUGGUGAUCAGCUAGCCAUUGGCAAGGAAACCGGUCGCAGGCUUGGUAUGGGAACUAACAUGUAUCCCUCUUCAGCCCUCUUAGGAGACCACAAGGACGAGUCCGUUGCUGGACUCCCAAUUGAAGAGCUUAUUGAGAAAGCGGAUGGCUUUGCCGGAGUGUUCCCAGAGCACAAAUACGAGAUUGUGAAGAAGCUUCAAGAAAGAAAUCAUAUUUGUGGAAUGACUGGAGAUGGCGUGAACGAUGCCCCAGCCUUGAAAAGAGCAGACAUUGGAAUUGCAGUCGAUGAUGCUACUGAUGCUGCACGCAGUGCAUCAGAUAUAGUGUUGACAGAGCCCGGAUUGAGUGUCAUUGUGCAUGCUGUCUUAACAAGCAGAGCCAUUUUCCAGAGAAUGAAAAAUUACACCAUUUACGCUGUCUCCUUAACCAUCCGUAUUGUGCUGGGUUUUAUGCUCCUUGCUCUUAUCUGGAAGUUUGAUUUCUCACCAUUUAUGGUUCUGGUCAUUGCCAUACUCAAUGAUGGAACCAUCAUGACCAUUUCUAAGGACAGAGUGAAGCCAUCUCCUCUUCCAGAUUCAUGGAAGCUCAAGGAAAUCUUUACCACCGGCAUAUUCCUGGGCAGCUACCUCGCUGUCAUGACUGUUAUUUUCUUCUGGCUUGCUUAUGGUUCAACCUUCUUCACAGAUAAGUUUGGUGUAAGGCCAAUUAAUAAGAACGAGCAUGAGCUCACAGCAGCAGUGUACCUCCAAGUAAGUAUAGUGAGUCAGGCACUGAUCUUUGUCACUCGGUCCCGAAGCUGGUCUUUUGCCGAACGCCCUGGUCUUCUGCUUAUCACUGCCUUUUUACUAGCACAAUUGCUGGCAACAAUAUUAGCUGUGUAUGCAAAUUUUGGCUUUGCAAAGAUUCAAGGUAUUGGAUGGGGAUGGGCUGGAGUUAUAUGGCUCUACAGCAUCGUCACUUAUUUUCCAUUGGAUAUUAUUAAAUUAUUUGUCCGAUUUAUGAUGACUGGCAAGCCCUGGGAUACCCUCCUCCAGAAGAAGACUGCUUUCACAACAAAGAAGGAUUAUGGUAAGGGAGAGCGAGAGGCACAGUGGGCUCUGGCGCAACGAACUCUCCAUGGACUGCAGCCUCCAGAGAAUGACAAGAGCUACGGAGAGAUGUCUGAGAUCGCUGAACAGGCAAAGAGGCGUGCUGAAGUUGCCAGGCUAAGGGAGCUUCAUACACUCAAAGGGCAUGUUGAGUCUGUGGUGAAACUGAAGGGACUUGACAUUGACACCAUUCAACAACACUACACUGUUUGAAUGAAAGGACAGAAGAGUUUUAAGAUACAAGACACGGGACUAGAUAUUACAAAAGAAUUUAAUGAUUUUGUAGGAAGGUAGAAAGGUCUGGGAAUAAUCAACAGAAGAGAUUGUCUCUCUGACAAUCCUAGGUUGAGAAAAAUGAUUAUGAAAUUUACAAUAGGCUUUACUAACUGAGUAUAUGUA